AACGCGCGAAAUAAUAGGCGUGGCACGCCUAACCUGUCACCAACAGCACCUUUCUCCGGGGGCCUGGCAACGCCUUCAACACAGAAUGGAAUUCUUCCUUGCAAAAGUAUCACAACAAGCGGGUACGUCUUAACUCUCCCUAUCUCUUGGAAACCCUGCUGACUUGAUCCAGUUUCGUUUGCAAUAAGGUAGGUUUCAAAAAUCGGAUGACUCGUCGAGCCUAUUCCUCAUUGACGAAUCUAGGUCGGGCAUCAUUGUCACGAGUCAGUUUGCUAUAAAGGAAUGCAGUCGCUAUAUAUCUGUGAGUUUACGGGCUAUGUGCAGGAAUCAGGCAAUCCACUUGCUCCGUUUUCCGAGCUAACCGGCCCCAUCCAUUCUAGUCGAUCAAAGGAAAAGAUAGACAAGAGCUUCAAGGCCUGCAGGAUAGACUGGAACAGAAAAUCAGAGUUAGUUCCGACGCUGGAUGAGCUGGCCUUUCGCUGCUAACCGUUAGUAGAUAAUAUCCCCAGCAAUAGACUUGGUGGAGAUUAUGUAUGCCCCCUCGGCCGUGGAACCUCCGUGUGCUGGUUUGACUAAAUUGAGCCAUACAGAUCUGCUAGAGGAAAUACCUCGCUUGAGAGUGCUCUGACAUUGACAAAGAACAUAAGACAUGACAUCCAAUCACUGGGGGUUAAAGUUGCCGGCCUGUCUGCUCAGGGAGGCGGCCGUAAAGGGCGCAGGAGCCAGGACGAAAUUAAUGCUGUGGUUCAAGAGAUCAAGCAACUUUUAAGGAAGAUUGAAGACGUAUUCACCGCCACCGCACCUUCCCCCACCCAGCUAUGCACCGAAGCUGACAGUUAGCUGUAGGCUGUUCCUUUCAUAAAUUUAGCAAUUACUACAUCAGGGGUGAAUAUCUCAUCAAACAUCCCACACAACGUCUCACCUUCCCGUCUUAUGCAGGCUUCAACCUUGCUUACAGCUGGCGAUACCGCUUAUUCAAUGAACCCCUUCGACCCGGCACAAGUCGGUACCACUUUCACGCUGAGCCUCUACAUGUUGUUUGCUGGACACUCGCAUCGGCAGGAACAUGUAUCCUCAAAGGAUCUAACAUGGCAGGAGGUUAUUUACAAAUGCAGAGUCAAGCUCCAGAGGGUACCGUUAGUCUACGAUGACGACCAAGAUGAAGAUGGGACAAACAGUAACACCCAUCAACUCCGUGCUCGGAGCAAAAUUGAUGAAUACUGCUAUGAACUUUGUCUGAUCGAAGAUCUGGAUGACGGGAGAAUGCAUGAGGUCGAAGAAGGAAAACCGCCGCCAGGAAGCUUUGACGAUGUUGAAAAGGCUGGAUUAAGGACUAGGAUACCAAUCCACCAGGUUUCCAAGAUCUUUUACACUAACUCUGGACAACUUCUUGGAAUAGAGGAAUCGAACUCUCCGAUACUUUUGGUGAAGCGAGAUUUGAAUGCUGCGCCGCCUCGAAAAUUGGUUGAUCGGGUUGAGCGAUAUGAUUAUGGCGAUAGUGACAGCGAGGGAGAGCACCCCUUGGACAUGCGCGAGGGGGAUAGCAGAGAACUUGAACCCCGGCAAGCACUUCCGGAGGAAUAUGAACUUCCCCACCACCUUGAUGCGGAGUGGUUGGCUUUCGAAGUUUUCACAGAACCCGAGCCAGACUUUGAUGAUGCUGCGUCCGAAUAUAGUGACGCCGAGGAGUCAUUCUCUAUACCAGGAUCAUCCCCCCCAGGAUCAGUUACCGAUCCAAAUACCUCCCUAGCACAAACCCUAUCAAACGUCGAGCUGAACGUCAGCGAGCAUCCCCCGUCGCCCGCACCAUACGUUUCCCCGAACGUCAAAUCCACACUUUCCAUCUUAGAAUGCCUUCUCAGACUUACCAUCCUGCAAAACUAUCAACAAACCUCACAUCUCGCUGUCCACGACGAACUCCUGAACCUCUUUCUAUCUGACUCGGCAUGGGGCGGCACUCGUGAGAGCAGGCGGCAGGAGAGAGAGAAUGCCCGCCGAAGGAUUGGGUUCGACCCCUUCGGGUCGCCCACGAAGCCGGCCAAAGAGGCGGAGGUUGGCACCAUCCAGCUCACGGGAGGUAGUAGAGCUGGUAGUCACCGAGGAAGCAAAGGGGGCACUCCACAACCCUUUGGUAGGGGUUACCGCCUUGAUUCAAGUCUACCUAUGACGCCUAGUUCAGAUUCAAAGAAGCCAAUGCCCAAGCUUGGGGAUCGUGAGCAACCGGUAUUGACAGGUAAUCGAGAGCCCUGGACACCAGAGCAGCAGUUGAGCUCUAUGUUCAAUAGCCCUUAUGGGACGAGUCCAUUGUCGAAGAAUUCCCCGGGCGGCAAUAAAUUUAAUACGGAGGGGAAUUGGUGA